AUGAACGAGUCCAGGCUAAGCCUGGAAACACUUCUUAAUACUCUUAUCCCACAGAUACGGUAUGUCCAAUUUAAUGCCGCUCAUCUUUAUCAAGCUAUUGUCGACGCAGGCAACCGUGCCAACUGGUCAGAAUUAGCUGAAUUUCGCUCUGCUCGCUCAAAAAUUACACGCAGAAAACAUUUAUGGAGCUUCUUAAGUUUCAUGUUACGUUGGAACGUACCAGACACCGUGUACGACAAAUACUGCCAACGCUCAUAUGACAAAGCUCUUACUUUCACAACACCGGUUAAAACGUAUCACGAGUUGCUCCAACUCCUUCGCGAACUUGACGCCUUACCUUACUUGAGACCUAAUUUUGAUACGGUCAUGGUACAACUCUUAAGAACCGCGUUCCUGCACAAACCAAUCCAUAGAGUUAUCAAACAAAUCCACAAAGAAACCACAUCUUAUUGGGAUUUCUGUUACGUUUUCGAUUCAAGCUUUUAUGAAUUGGUUCCACCUAACAUGAAAGGUAAACCAUGUCGUCGUCCUCCUGUCCAUCACUUUUUAAGGAAUGGUUUACCACGUUGUUAUCGGGACUCUCCCACCACUCCCACAUCAAUUGCCGCUACGGCGUUUAAACCCAUUACAAAUAUUCCUGAUGCAAAUCAUCAACGUAUCGUUAGUACUCUGGACUUAGAAACAACUCCUGACACAGCUCCAGAAACACUCAAAGACCCUAUUGAUGAAAACAAAGCACAGAAACUUGAAAUUACAUCUUCACCUGCACGUCCAGAUAAGUACAGAUUCAAUAUCAACCGGACUGCGCCUUUUCCACCAAAUCGGCCUCUUUCUAAAACCGCUAUGGCCGCUGAAUUAGCUAUCACCAACAGCACAACGGGAUUGCUGGGACUUGGUACGAUGGCACUCACUACUAGUCAUCGCCAUAGUCCACCUUGUGUUGUCUUUAAAAAAACCGACCCCCGGGGUAUCGUUUAUAACUCUCGUGACAUCAAUUACAGACACGUUAGAGAGUAUUACCUGGGAUCGCCGGAUCCUCACUCCCAAUUUAGUCCUGGGUUUCACCCAAAUAUACAACUUACAGAUGAUUCCGAAAAGGCAUCGAAAGUUUGA